UGCGAGUCUGGCUACUGACCUCAUAAAAUGUAUUCCUCGAUUUUUAUUACAUUCUUUAGCAGAUAUAUAUAUAAAUACAGAUGACUUGAAGAGUGAGAUUGGUGGUGAAUUUAGACUCUCACACUAAAUGGAAAGACAUCACGACAUAACAACUGUGUAGAUAUUUGCAUUAUCCUAAAAAAUUCUGAUAUGGCCGUGAACGACCCCAUCUGUCCGGAAAAUGUCACCAUCUGCAAUGGCACAUCCUGCUUGUUGCCCCCCGACAAUUACAACUACAUACUGAACUUGGUACUAAGUACUGUGAUUACGAUCCUAUUGGCAUUGGUUAUGUUUUCGUUGGGUUGUAGUGUGGAAUUUAAAAAGUUUUGGGGUCACAUAAGACGUCCAUGGGGCAUAACAGUGGGUUUCCUUUGCCAGUUUGGAAUAAUGCCGAUUGUAGGAUUUGUACUGGCACUUAUUUUUGAUGUAUUGCCAAUUCAGGCUGUAGUAAUCCUUAUUAUGGGAUGCUGUCCAGGAGGAACUGGCUCCAAUAUCUUGUCAUUCUGGGUAGACGGAGACAUGGAUUUAAGCUUAAGCAUGACAACCAGUUCCACAUUGUUUGCAUUGGGUAUGAUGCCGCUGUGUCUCUUCAUUUACACCAAAAGAUGGGUAGAUUCUAACUCCAUAGUAAUUCCUUACAACAGCAUAGGGAUUUCUUUGGCCACACUGGUCGUACCUGUUGGAGUUGGCAUGUUCGUUAAUUAUAAGUGGCCCAGACAGGCAAAGAUUAUACUUAAGAUUGGUUCUAUUACAGGAGGAAUUCUUAUAGUAGCUGUUGCUGUGAUCGGUGGAGUUCUUUACAAAGGAUCUUGGGCGAUCGAACCAAAGCUAUGGAUAGUUGGAACUAUAUUUCCAAUUGUGGGUUUUACAAAUGGUUUUGUGUUGGCUUGGUUAUCCAAUCUAUCAUGGAGCAGAUGCCGAACAGUGUGCCUGGAAACAGGUAUGCAGAAUACACAGCUAUGUUCAACAAUAGUCCAGCUCUCAUUUCCACCUGAGCAACUUGCCAAGGUUUUCACUUUCCCGCUGAUCUACAGUAUUUUCCAGAUCCUGUUAGCCCUACUGUUUAUGGCAGGUUACCGAAUAGUCAAGUGUUUUUGUUUUAAACAAGAAGAAAAGGACACUGAGUCGCCAUAUGCAAUAUCAAACGAGGGAUUUGAAUCCAAAGAAAAAGCCAAUGAGCUGUCUUUGACCAAUGGAAACCUUAAGGCAUAAGUAGUUCUGAAGGCUUCUUAAACUAAUAUAUCAUUGUUUAGAAGUCGAGGAUAGAAUUCUUCAUUCUACAACAUUUUGUAACUGUUUCUGAAUCUUGUCAAUCAAAGCUCUUAUAGUGAAAGGUAAAUUUAAUUUGUAUUGAGAUGGUGGACAGCAAUUAGCUGCAGGUUUACCAACAAAGCU